AUGACUAUGCGCUCGUCUCCGGCGACCAUUGGCCGCGCAGAGGGGUGCUACGGGCAGCUGGGAGAUCGCCGCAUGCAGAGGCGCGAGUGGCCGGUGCUGGGGUGGCCAGAAACACGGCCGGUGAUGAGGUUUGGCGGUGGCGGGCGGGCAGCAGCGAGGGGGAGCAGGGACCGUCCAUGGCCAGGCUUGGUCAGAGGGGGCGCGGGUGGACGAGCGCCCGUGCGGGGCCAGCAACAAGUAACCGGAGGGGAGGGUUGCGAUGCGUGCGCAGGGCAGAGGCGGGCUACAGUGACGGGCGCGGGUCAGGCUGCGGCCGUAGGCGGGGCUGGGCAAGGCCUGGACGCGGUGCGCAUGGCCGGAUUACGUGCGGCGUGGUGGUGGCCGCGAGCGGGCGCCGGAGCGCGUGCGCGACAAAGAGGAGGGGAAGGCGGGGAGGUGUUCCUCACCCCUGUUGUAGAGGUGCGGGCGGCGUGGCUCGAGGAGGAGGACGAGGAGGCGACGAUGAUGGUGGGCGGCUCUGGUGAAGCAGUGGCAGGACGAGGCAGCGACGGUGUGCGGCAGUGGCGGCGGGGGCACCCGGGGCGCGGCCCAGAUCCAGUCGGGGAGUUUGAGGUGGAGGACGGGGCGUCAGGGCAUCGAGCAACGCUGGCGACGGCAAGGGGCGACGGAGCGCCGCGGUGGUGCCGAAGGCAGCGAGCGGCGUCGAGGGCGAGCCCCUGGAUCCAGAAGGGAUCGAGCACAGGUGGGGCGAGGGGAGAGGGGAUCGUGCGUGAGCGAGUGGGAGGGGUAACAAUGAUCGUGGUGACGUGGCAUAAUUAG